AUGUGUUCUCACUUUUUCGGUCAAAAACGGGCGUUUUCAAAGUUUCUUCAAAUUUCUCCACUUGUAAAAGAAGCAUUGGCAAAUGGCGAAGGUGUUGUUGCAUUGGAAAGUACGGUUAUCACUCACGGGUUACCUUAUCCGCAUAAUUUGAGCACAGCUCGUAGUUUGGAACAAAAAGUUAGGUCUGCUGGCAGUCAUCCAGCUACUAUUGCAUUAUUCGAUGGAAAAAUUCAUGUUGGACUAAAUGAGGAACAACUGGAACAGCUCGCAUCCAGCGAAAAGGCGGUAAAAGUUUCCACUCGAGAUAUUGCUAAAACGUUGAUCAGGAAAGAGGUCGGUGGCACUACAGUAGCUUCAACUAUGAAAAUUGCAAAUGCUUGUGGUAUCCACGUCUUUGCUACUGGUGGAAUCGGCGGUGUUCAUCGUGGAGCUGAUCAGACGUUCGAUAUCUCAGCCGAUUUACAAGAGCUGUCGAAGACUCCAGUUUGUGUCGUUUGUUCAGGUGUCAAAAGUAUUCUGGAUAUCCCAAAAACUGUUGAAUACUUGGAAACGCACUCGGUCAAUUGUGUGGUCUAUGGGAAUGAGAAUGUGUUUCCAAGCUUUUUCACAAGAAAAUCCGGGAGUAGAGCUCAAUUUAGUACGGAGAAUUUAAAUGAGGUUGUUGACUUGUUGAAAACAUCGAGAAUACUAGGUCUCCCCUAUGGAACUAUACUUGCAUGCCCGAUACCAGAAAAAUACGCUGGCGAUGGUGAUGUUAUCCAAAACGCUAUUGAUCAAGCUGUCCGAGAAGCACAAGAACGAAACAUCGCAUCCCAAAGUGUCACACCAUUUAUCUUAGCUAGAGUCAAUGAACUGACAAAAGGAGCUUCCAUGGCUACCAAUAUUGCACUUUUGGAAAACAAUGCUUCGAUUGCUGGAAGACUUGCCGCUAAAAUGCAUGAAAAACGAACAAUUACAUCCGUUUCUAAAAACCAUACAUCUUCUUCUUCUUCUCCAAGAAAACCAAAAGUGGUAUCUGUCGGAGCAGCUAUCGUUGAUUUCGAAGCCAUCACGAGCGAGUAUGUGAAGGACGAUGGAGGGUCGUAUAAUGGACAAGUGGUUCAACGAAUGGGUGGUGUAGCCCGAAACCAUGCAGAGGCGCUGGGAAGAUUGAGUUGCCAUUCAGUGUUCAUUUCAGCAAUUGGAGAUGAUCAGAACGGAAAAUUCUUCCGCCAACACAGCGAUCAAUUUGUUGAAAGCAACGAAGAUGUCCUAGAAUGUGCUGACUUCAUCCUUCUUGAUGCCAAUCUUCCCGUUCCGGUAAUGAUGAAAACCUUAGAAAUUGCCAAGAAACAUAACAAGAGAGUAUGGUUCGAGCCCACUGAUCUCGACAAGGUGAAAAAAGUCUUUGACACUGGCCUUGUUGGUGCAGUUACCGCCGCAUCGCCAAACGGGAAUGAGUUUCUGAAAUGGGCAAAACUGUGCAACGUCAGAUUGGAUCCAUUCGUAAUUGACACCGCCGAUAAUGUUUUGGAAUUGAUAGAGAGGGAAAAGACAAAGCUUCUUUUGAACACGUCUGUGUUUGUGGUGACACUGGCACACAAGGGAUCUGCAGUAGUGUACAGGAAUGAUUUGGGUCAGCUCGAGUUCCAAUCACUUCCUCCACCUCUUCAAAUGGAUAAAAUUGUUUCAGUGUCCGGAGCUGGAGACAGUUUCAACAGUGGAGUGAUUGCUGGACUUGUACAUAACAAGUCAGUCGUUGAAUCCCUUCAAAUUGGCCAGGAAUGCGCUCGUCUCACUCUCCAAACUUCAUUGGCGGUUUCUGAAGGAAUCAGUUCGCAUUUAUUAGCUUAA